UCUCCAUGCAGGCCCCGGUGUGUCUGGUUGAUAACGGGCCUGACGGGCACAUGCGUGUCCAGCAGGAGGCGCUGCAGAUCCUGGAGCAGAUCCAGCAGCCGGUGGUGGUGGUGGCCGUGGUGGGGCUCUACCGCACGGGCAAGUCCUACCUCAUGAACCGGCUGGCCGGCAAACACACAGGGUUUGCCCUGGGCAGCACCAUCGAGUCCAAAACCAAAGGAAUCUGGAUGUGGUGUGUACCUCACCCCUCUAAACCAGGACACACUCUGGUGCUGCUAGACACAGAAGGACUGGGAGACGUUGAGAAGGGCGAUGAAAAACAUGACACGUGGAUCUUCUGUCUGGCUGUUCUACUCAGCAGCUCUCUGGUCUACAAUAGCAUGGGCACCAUCGACAACACUGCCCUGGAGAAACUGCAGUACGUGACGGAACUGACAGAGCACAUCAAGGUGAAGUCCAGCGGUUAUGACCAGACCACGGAGCUGAUGCGUGUGUUUCCGUCCUUCGUGUGGACGGUCAGAGACUUCACUCUGGACCUGAUCCUGAACGACAAACCCAUCACUGCUGACCAGUACCUGGAGAACGCCCUGAAGCUCAAACCAGGCCACUCUGCUAAGAUCUUGAGACACAACCAGGUGCGUCAGGGCCUGAGGGAUUUCUUUGCUGAGCGGCGCUGCUUUGUGUUCGAGCGUCCGGCCGACACCAAGAAUAUGCGGCGCAUGGAGGAGCUGACGGAUGCAGACCUGGACAGCGACUUUGUGGAGGCGGCCAAGCAGUUCUGCAGCCACAUCUUCAGCAGCGCCAAGCCCAAAACCAUGAGAGGAGGCCUGGGUGUCACCGGCAGGAUGCUGGGCAGCCUGGCAGAGACGUAUGUGAAGGCGAUCCGCAGUGGGCAGGUGCCCUGUCUGGACAGCGCUGUGGAGUCGCUGGCGCUGAUCCAGAACGGGCGGGCCGUGACCGAGGCGCUGGAGUUCUACGAGAAAGAGAUGGAGCGCUGGGUGCGCUUACCCACCGAGACACAGGAGGCGCUGUCUGAGAUUCACGCUGCUGCAGAGAAACAGGCCGUCAGCAUCUUCAUCAGCGGAUCCUUCAACGACCAGGAACACAAGCACCAGCUCGAGUUCAUGAGGAGCAUGCAGGAGCGAUACAAGGACUGGUGUGGGCGUAACGUGCAGGAGUCGAGGCGUGUGUGUGAGCGUCUGCUGCUGCGUUUGUGUGCGCGGCUGGAUCGGAUCCUGAGAGAAGGAGCCCUUAUGCGUCCCGGCGGAUACAGAGCGUUCAGCGUCGCCCUGCAGGAAGUAACGAAGAUCUACAGGACAGAGAAAUGCAAAGGCCUCAUGAGUGAGGAGGUCCUGAGAAAGUGUCUGAGGGAGAAGGAGGUGUCGGGGAAGAUUAUUCUACAGGCUGAUCGCCUCAUCUCUGCAGCGCAGAAGGACAUAAAAGAGGGCAGGAGGAGGGCUGAGGAGGAGGCGCGUCGCGUGCGAUCUCAGGAGGAGGAGCGGCAGAGGCAGAAGCAGCACCAGCGCGAUGAGGAGCGCAGCUUCCGGCAGAACUUGGAGCAGCUGGAGGAGAAGAUGGAGCGGGAACGCCGCCGAGCCCAGGAGGAGAGGGAGCGUGUCAUCAACGCCAAACUACAGGAGCAGAGGGAGCUACUGGAGCAGGGCUAUAAGGAGCGGGCGGAGUCUCUAGGGAAGGAGGUGGCGGCUCUGCACGAGGAGGCGGAACGUGAGGCGCCGCGGGGUCAGCAACUCAAGACCUUCAGCAGCAUCAUAAACACGCUGGGCACGGCAGCUUUGGUCUUCAUGCCGGGGAUCGGCAAAGUGCUCGGAGUGGGACUCAUCGCUCUAUCACGCCUCGUCUGACUGGACAAUUGGACACACACACAUGCACACACACACGCAUACACACAUGCACACACACACUCAUACACACACACAUACACGCACAGAGAGACACACACACACAGUCACACACACACAGUCUCAUACACACACACACUCUCUCACACACACACACAGAGAGACGAGGAGAUAACGGAUCUACACUCCAUUUAUGGUUGUGUUACGGUAUACUUUAUUUGAUUAAAAAGAUCACAAUGUUUGAUGGCGGCGCGUACACACGCAGCGACCUCUCUCUGUCCCAACCGUACGGUGUUUUGUUGUUUAAAAG